AUGAAGCAAAUUUUGUACUACUGUUUUCUUAUAUUGUGCUAUAUUUAUACCGUUAACGGCGAAGAUGAAAAAUUUCUCACAGAUCCGCCUGAUUAUAUCCGAGAAUGUCAGAUAGCUGACAAAAAUUUUUUAAACUGUUCUACGCAAAGCAUACAACAACUAUUCGAUAAAUUAAAUGACGGCAUACCCGGCUUGAAUAGUAUCAAAAGCUUCGAUCCAUUCUAUUUGAACCGGAUACGCAUUACGCAAGGCAACAGCAAUGCGAUCAAUCUAAAAGUGGAAUUGGGCAAUAUAAAAAUCAAUGGCUUUGGACAUACAAAUGUGUUGGAGAGUAUGGUUUACCCCAAAGACUACAGCUGGAAGACUACUUUUAUGCUGCCUGAAAUGAAAUUACAGGGCGACUACAGUCUCUUCGGGCGGAUUUUAUUAAUACCCUUAAAUGGACAUGGCGAAGUGUUCUUAGAAGCGGAAAAUAUGACCGUCAUUAUGAACUCGAAGACUCGUCUUUACGAAAAAGGUGGCUUCACUUUCUAUAACGUCACCGAUUGCCGUGUAGACUUCAAAAUAGACGGUUUGAAAUCAUAUUUUUCAAAUCUCUUCAACGGAAACAAGCAGUUGGAGGACAGCACCAAUAAGUUCUUCAACGACAACUGGCGCAUGCUGGCCGAUGCGCUUUACAACGUUAUCACGCAAACGAUCGAAGAUAUUUUAUUGGAUGUUUUGAAGAAAAUCUUUCACUAUAUACCAGCCAACUUCUUCAUUAGCGAUAUACCAACAUCGAAGCAGCUAUAUGGGGGUAAGGUGACGGCGAGCGAGCCAAAGCGACCGAAGUAACAACAAAAAGAG